AUGAACCAAGAGCAGAAGGUCUUUACAUACGUGUGCAUACAGUGCCCGUCGCUGAGAGAGCUAAAGCUCAAGGACCCCAUCAGAUGCACAGAGUGUGGAAACAGAGUUCUUCGAAAGAAAAGGACGGAUGAGGUGGUGCAGCUCGAUGCAGUCUAA